AUGCAUUAUAAAUAUGUGGUUUCCUACAAAUUUGGUUGUUGUAUUAUUUGCCAAUCUCAAUUAGAUCAUGAAAAUGUUUAUAUGUUGAAAAAUUGUAAUCAUGCAUAUCAUCACUAUUGUAUUUUUCGUUGGAUUAAUGAAGGGUCGAAAAAUUGUCCUUGUUGCCGAGUUCCAGCUACUUUAAAUGAUAUUAAACAAUUUUUUGUCGAAAAAGCAAGUGACAGUUCUGACGAGUUUGAUGAUGAGUUUACUGAAAGUUCAAGUAAUAUGACUAAAGCCGUGAGUAAUUUAAUGAUAAAAUUGGGGGCUGAUCCUUAUAACUACAUAAGUAUUCUAUAA